AUGUUGAAACCUUUUCAUAUCAGAGACCUCCGGUCUCACCCUGAGCCUGCCUCUCCCUCUAAUCCUGCCCUCAUUCGGAUCUCUACCACAGAUUACGAUGACAUAGCGUCAAAUCAUCCUCGCGCACGGCUGACUUAUGUCGAUGAGGAUGACGAUGGCGAUGAAACAAUCACAGUUGGAUCUGCUCUCGAGCUUUCCCAACGCCUCGAGGAGCCCUUGGAUCUGAGUUCACGGGUUGAAUCAGUCCAGCUCCAAAGUGAUGUCACUCCGAGACACAUGUUUGACGUCCGUCGAACAAAUUCCGUGACCGAAUUAUGGAAGCGAUUUGAAGAUAACCAUAAUGAUAAUGAUGAUGCUGGUGACCAUACUCGUGAUGAGCCUGCUGUUACAGAGCCCGGUGCUCAACACGGCCAACGUGAUGUCCCAGCGUCAAGGGAUUCAAGCCGGUCACCGGCCUCGGACGCACCCCGGCCUCUGAUGGAGGCAUUUGAAGCCGAGCUAGCAGAGAUGCUUGGUGCUGCUGAAUCCUCCGAAAAGAAGGCCCCCCGGUCUGAUUCACCACCGAUCGCCGAGCCAUUCUCCAACUCUACCUCAGGACGUACACCCCACCCCGUUGAAAUAAUAGCAGCACAGGUCAUGCACCAACUUACCAACGGAGCCAACAUGGUCCAAAAUGAAUGGAGGUCAAGACUCCCAGAGUUACAGAGACAGCUGCAGAAUGCCCAACGGCAACUUGAAGAUGCACACAGAUCUCUGCCACGAAACGUGGAAACUUCAUUGCGUGCAUUGCUUGCCACCCUCGAGGCUCACAUGAAGACCGCUUUCAAUAAUAUUCCAGAUGGCGGGAGACAGAUGGCAGAAGAUGCAUUCCAGGCAGGAAGGCCUGUUGCAGAGAACGCUGCCGACGGUUUGCGUAUGAUGGCAUCUGAAUUCAACGAGGUCGGAAGAACUCUGUUUUCUGCUUUCGAAAGUGAAUUUGGGCGACCUGGUCCUGCUUCUUCCUCUCCCUCAAACACCGAACCAACUGCGGCAGGACCUGCAUACCCUCAAGCCCCGACUCCUCAAGCUCCGACUUAUCCAUCAAACGAGAAGUCGAUGCCAGACUCAGGCGAAUCAAAGUCUGAGAGCGCUGCACCAUGCCCUAAUUAUCUGUACGCACCAGAGGGGGUACCUUCUCACUUCCCACCACCCCUACCUCACCACCCACUUCCUCACACAAAUAACUUGGCACCAACCCCAUUCCCUGCCCCGGCCUGGCAUCCAUUCCAAACCUUUAAUCCACCCCCUCCUCCUUACCCCUCACACCCUCCCAUGCAACAACCACUAGCUUGGCCACAGCCACGAGCCACCCCCUGGCCACACUGGCGACCUGCGCCACCGUCUUCGACGUACAGUGGCACACCCAAAUCUAAGCAAGCACCGGUAGCUAAGUCUGGAAAGCCGAAAGUCGUUGGCCCAACCACAAAGUCUCUCUUCAUCGGAAAUGUCGGCUUCAAGGUCACCGAGAAGAUGAUUCAGGAUGUGUUUGUUUCAAAGGGCUUCCUUGUCGACGUCGAUCUUCCCACAGAUGCAACCUCAAAUGGUCACGCAGGCUUUGGCUACGUUCAUUUCCCCUCGGAGCACCCUGCUUCCGCUGCAAUAGGAGCUUUGCAAGGCGCCAUCAUUGAUGGUCAUUCAAUUAAUCUUGAGCAUAUGGAUCAUCCUCCAAUUGAGGAAGUGCAGGCUACUCCAGGAUUCAACAAAGAAACUCAUGUUACUCGGUUCCCACGGGCUGAGCUCAGUGGUGUGAAUCACUCUACUUUCGAGCCGAAGAUCCAGUCUUCUGCUCCUGCUGCUGCUGCGCAGCCAUCUCAUCUCAACACGGCUGAUCGUAACAAUGGCUCUAGCAAGACUGAACCAGAGUCAUCUGCAUUGCUUGAUUCACCAAACGACGACCCAGCAUUCAGCGCACGUUUCCCUUCCCUCCUUCCGGGGACAAGUGGCGAACAAAAUGAACCGUUUGCUAUUCACGGUGUUUCCCCAGACUCGCGUCCUGGGGCAGAGAUGUCCAGAUUCCCGCCCGUUUCACAGUCAGACGCCCAGCUUCUUGCCAACAAUUCGGCGACCAUGCGUAUUCCCAGCGAUGAAGAACACGACGCAGUGACAAAAGAUACCAUGACACAGCUGCAAAAAGAAGAACAAACUGGAUCUUCUCCCUAUCUACAGCUCCCUGACAACGCACCAGGACGGGAAUCACCCGUCAGUAUUUCUUCAACCGAAUGCGAGCCAAGUCGCUCUGAGAGAGGCAAUGCGGAUAUCGACCAUUGCAUGUCCGCUCUCAUGGACAUGGGCUACGGACGUGAGGAAGAAGGCGGACCGACCAGGAUGAUGGUUUUUGCCUCGGCGGCUGACGGUAGUCUCUUGGAUGCUAUUGAUAUGAUCGAGGAAGAGAGAAGGGCCUACGAGGGUCGUGCUUCUCGGUAA